GCAUCGUCUCAUUUGUGAACAGUUUACGAAUUCGUCAAGUUGUGCGUCGCGCGGUUUGUGUAAUAUUUUGUAAGAAAAUAUUAGGAAAAUUUAUUAAAUAGUGGAAAAAUUGCAAUUUCCACCAAAGAAUUUGAAAUUUUUGGCAGUAGAACUCGAGAGAGCGCUUGCUUGUUUUGAAUACAUAAAUUUGUAUUGAUUUUUGUUGUGAGAGUGUGUGUAUUUUACUAUACAUACGCCUAGGGUACGCUACUGUGAAUAGUGUUACCAUUCAAUAUGGCGGACGACGAGCAAUUCUCGUUGUGCUGGAACAAUUUUAAUAGUAAUUUAUCAGCCGGUUUCCAUGAGUCGCUAUGUCGUGGCGACCUGGUGGAUGUGACGCUGGCGGCAGAGGGGCAAUUCGUCAAGGCUCAUCGUCUUGUAUUGUCUGUCUGUUCGCCAUAUUUUCGUAAAAUGUUCACUCAAAUGCCAGCCAAUCAACAUGCCUUUGUAUUUCUCAAAGACGUUAGCCAUACGGCUCUAAAAGAUCUCAUCCAAUUUAUGUAUUGUGGUGAGGUAAAUGUUAAACAGGAGGCCCUACCAGCGUUUAUAAGUACCGCAGAGGCUUUGCAAAUAAAGGGUUUAACUGAUAGUGAUCCACCACAAUCUCAAACACCACCUGAACCCUCAACUCCUACGCCGCAAAUACAACAACAAAUACAAACGUCGCCUCGAGUACGACAACGUACGUCAACAGCCCGCUCAUAUAAAAUUGAAACGGUCGAUGAUUCUGGCGAUGAUGCAAAACAAACUACACAAAUAGUCAUACAAACAACGGCGCCAACACACCCACCCCAAGCUACAAUUACCACCCAACCUCAGCAGCAACAACAUCAUCAGCAGCAGCAACAACAACAGCAGCAGCAUCAUCAUCAGCCUCAACAUAUAGCGCAACAAACUCUACACACUCAAACCCAUCAACUUACCAGCGUUAGUAUGCCAACGGCCACCACAACUACAGUGGUGACCCAGAAACGACCCGCCCAACGCACUAGUUUAGGUAGUGUACCGCAUAUUAAACGCUCCAAGAGUACAAUUGAUCCUUUAGAGGCUUCAGAUGCCACAGCUGCCACGCAUCAAAUAAACGUACAAACUGUUGUCGCUGAUACGAAACCUCAAGUUCAACUCCACCAUCAUCAGCAACAACAUCAAACACAUCACCACCAGCAACAGCAACAACAGGUGCAGCAACAGCAUCAACAACAAACGAAUGAACCUGAAUACAUUGACUUACCCAUUGAUUUGCCCACAAAAUCGGAACCCGACUAUGUUGAAGAGGCAGGCGAAGUGGAUCAGGCCGAACAAGAUGCCACCUAUGUUGAAGAUGAAUCCUAUGGUGAUAUGCGUUACGACGAAAGUUACUUUACCGAAAAUGAAGAUGCUGCUGCUGCGGGUGGUAAUGCUACAGCAACAUCUACACAAAAUACAAGUGCAACGACAGCUACCACUUCAAAGGCUAUUGUGAAACAACAACCGCUCUCUGAUUCUUCAUACAUGGAUACAUCGGCGGAUCCUGCAAAUAGUGAUGCACAAGAAAACGCUUACUUUGAUCAGGUAGUUAUGCAGGCUCAGGUGGUGCAGGUUCAAGAUGAGUUGGUAGUUGAUGAAGCGGCGGAAACUUCUUCGACAUCGUGUGUCCAACGUCUAUCAACGGCCAGCUUGCGCAACAGCAACAAUGGUCCGGUGUUUGUGGUCAGUAAAUACGGCACCAAACAAUUGCUGUUGAAACAGCACACAUUUAAUCGUCAUGUCACCCGGGAAGAUGUCACUUAUUGGCGUUGCAGCCAAUUUGCCGUAUUACGUUGUCGGGCCCGCAUCAAAACCAAAGGCAAUAUUUUGACAGUAUUAAACAUUGGCAACUUUUUCAUCACUUAUAUAACCGGCUUUCGUGGCAGUCGUAAACUUAAGGUUGGUGACUACACAUUUACGCGCAAUAAAGCAUCGGGUAAUAAAACCUAUUGGUCUUGUGCCCGUGCAGGUAUUCAUAAAUGCAAGGCUCGUGCAGUUACCAUCGAUGAAGACUUUCGUCACGAUGUGGUGCUAAAAUGUGGCAAACACAAUCAUCCACCGUUUUAAUGAGGCUCCUCAUCCUUAAGCAGACAAAUAUUUCAAAUUUCUGUUUACUAUCUGCCCAACACAUAAAAAUAUAGUCGCCAAACAUUACGUAAUAUUAAGGUGGAACAUGGUGAUUUCUCAUUUAUAAUGGGGCAAAGAGGCUGCACCCUAUUGGCAUAUAGGGGUUAUAAUUUUGUUAAAAAUCGCAAAAGUGGUGUGAAAACAUAUUGGAUAUGUGCCAAAAA